AUGGCUACCGUUUCAUUCUGUAUAAAGAUGAUGAUAAUGUUCCACUUACAUUUCUCGGUUGUUAACGCUUGCCGAAAUGAUGAAAGAAGUUACCUUCUCGACUUUAAAGGCGGCCUCGAUGCUUUCUCUGGCCGAUUAAGCUCGUGGAAGCAAUUCAACUGUUGCCAAUGGGAGGGUGUUCUGUGUGACCAUCAAUCUGGCCAUGUUGUUUCCCUCGACCUCAAAAACCGUAAUUAUCCAGACGUUUUUUUGACUGGGGUGAUUCGUCCGUCCCUGUUUAACUUGAAAUAUUUACAAUAUUUGGAUUUGAGUGGAAAUCAGUUCACUGGUACUACCAUAUCCCCUCAGUUAGCAAAGCUCCAGAGGCUUACUUUCCUUGGCUUGGCACGUGCUGGAUUUGGAGGUGAGAUCCCUAAGGAGCUGGGAAAUAUUACAACUUUGCGCCAUCUGGAUCUGUCAACAAUGGCAGCACCUAAACUGGAGAGUCGGAGAUUUGCAGAAUGGAUAAGAAAUCUGAGAAGCUUGGAAUACUUGGAUAUGAGCUUGGUGAAUCUGUCAAUGGCAUCGGAGGAUUGGGGUAACGCGCUUAGCGGCCUUUCUGGUCUCAGGGAGAUUCACCUCUCUGAAUGUGGACUUUCAGGUACAAUACCUUUUCUCCUAAACCUCACUCAGUUGUCGCAUCUCCAUCUUCAACUGAAUUCAUUUCCAUUCCCAGUGCCAGCUUGGUUUCAGAAUGUCUCGUCUUUGGUUUCUCUUGAUCUCACUUCUUGUUUUCUCAAGGGUUCCAUCUCUUCAGAUUUCUUGCACCGUUCAAGCAUGAGCAAUAUUCAGUUGUCACUUAACAGCUAUCUUGGAGGAGUAAUUCCUCACUCCUUCGCAAAUUUUUCAACGCUUAAGACAUUGGCUCUCGCAUGGAAUAAUUUCACAGGGGAUUUACCCCCUUUUGGAUCAGCAUCUGGAAUUGUGUUUCCUCUUUGGAGGAUUGAUCUUUCACAUAACAAUUUGAAGGGCGGUAUACCGUCAUCCUUUGGUAGGCUUUCUUCCCUUCAACAUCUAGACCUCAGUUACAACCAACUGCAUGGUCUUAUCCCUCUAUUUUGGGAUCAGUUGUCUGCACUAUCUGAACUAUAUCUAGAGAAUAAUCAGUUGUUUGGAACAUUUCCACACACCAUUUCAAAGCUUGUCCGACUAGAAAAGUUGUUUCUCAGCUCCAACAAUUUAAACGGCAGCAUUUCUGAUUCCUUGUUGGAAAAUCUGGCUAACCUCAAAGAAUUGGACUUUUCUGGAAACCAAUUUGCAGUUGAUAUCUCUUUGAGUUGGAUUCCGCAGCUUGCCCAACUGGAGUACCUGGGGUUAAGGUCUUGUAAUCUUCAAGGGGAGAUUCCUGGUUUCUUGUCUACUCAAUAUUCGUUACAAAAUGUGGACCUGUCAGAAAACCACAUUGUGGGAAAUAUUCCUACUUGGUUGUGGGAUCUUCCUGAUCUUAUAGUGCUCAAUCUUUCACAUAAUCAACUGGAAGGUUCUUUGCCCCCUGUUAUUUCCAUGUUCAAUCCAAGUAUAGACCUGCAUAACAAUAGUUUACAUGGCUCUAUUCCAGAUUUUACUCCAUAUUAUUUAGACAUGUCAGAAAACAGGUUCAACGGUUCUAUUCCACGUUCUAUAUGCUCGGGAUAUUCAAUGAUUAUAUUUUUAGAUCUGUCAAAGAAUGGGCUAACUGAUCUAAUUCCUACAGAUCUGGGAAAAUGUAUUUCGCUGAUAGUCUUGAAUUUGGCUCAAAAUAGUUUGCAAGGUGAGAUACCGGAAGUGCUAGGAAAUCUGGCUGGACUCCAGGCACUAAAUCUCGGUCAAAACAAAUUGCAAGGUAAUAUUCCUUCUUCAAUAGCAAAUUGUGCAGAUCUUCAAGUAUUUGACAUAGGAAAUAACAGAUUCCAAGGGAACAUCCCGGUUUGGAUUGGAGAACUGUCAGAGUUGCGAAUUCUCAGCUUGGCUUUUAAUGAGUUUCAACGCAGUUUUCCGCCAGAGUUGCUUACUCUACCGAAUCUUCAGAUUCUGGAUUUAUCUCAUAACAAUUUAUCAGGAUCUGUUCCUCAGAGUUUGAGAAAGUUGACUGCUAUGGCGGAUCAAUCGCAAAUUGACGAAAUAGAGAUGAUCCAGGUUCAGCAAUAUACAUAUGGUUUUGGUCCCAUGCUUCGAAUAACGUUCAUGAAUCAAGUAACAGUUUGGAUUAAGGGACGAGAAACCCUAUACUCUAAGAUUAUCAGCGCCUUCAAACUAAUGGAUCUUUCCUACAACAGGCUAUCAGGCAAUAUUCCUCACGAGUUAGGAGACCUUAAGGGUUUAAUUGCUCUGAACAUUUCAAGCAACAGUCUGAGAGGCAAAAUUCCUGAAUCCUUGGGAGGUAUGGCUCAUCUGGAAUCUUUGGAUCUCUCACAAAACAUGCUAUCAGGAAUCAUUCCAGGAGAACUUGUAAGUCUCACAUUCCUUUCCGUUUUAAAUCUUUCAUACAACAACCUUUCUGGAUUAAUACCGCAGGGCAAGCAAUUUGCAACAUUUGAGGCUGCUUCUUAUUUGGGGAAUCCGAAUCUUCACGGGCCUCCCUUGGAAAACAAAACAGUGGGAUCUGUUUCUGGUGGAAGAGGUAGCCAAUUACAAUCGAAUAGCACAGGAGUUAGAGGCACAGACACAGAUACAGAUGAAUUGGAUCGAUGGUGGGCAGUUGCAGUGGGGUUAUGUUUUGGGGUAGGAUUUGCCAGCGUAAUUGCAGUCUUGUGCUUUCACCUAAAAUGGAGCUACAGAUGUUUUGCUUUGCUGGAUAGUUUUAUCCUAUACCUUUUUGAACAUUGA